AUGUUGCUGGAACGUGGAUCUCGUUCACGUCACUGGAACGUGGAUCUCGUUCACGUUACUGGAACGUGGAUCUUGUUCACGUUACUGGAACGUGGAUCUCGUUCACGUUGCUGGAAAGUGGAUCUCAGUCACGUCACUGGAACGUGGAUCUCGUUCACAUUACUGGAAUCUAGAUCUCUUACGUCGAGCAAUGGGAACGUCACAUUAAGUAAGCUACUUCUGGUACCUAAACACUCUGACGGGGGCAAGUUUCUCAAGUGUAUGGGUGAGUCUCCUGUGAUAGACCACCGGCCGCUUCAGGACCAGUGGAAACUCGACGUUCAAUGUUAUACUAUUAAAGACAUUGCGGAAAGGCGCACUGCCCAAGUUCGUCCACCACCAGAAGAGUUAGUGUCCGUCACUCCCAUAUUGGCAGUGGUGGUGGCAGUGGUGGGUUCGCUGGUGCUACUGGCACUUGUGGUAGCAGUGGUGGUCAGUCUCAAGAAAAAUCACUGUUUGAGGAAUAAGGAUGUCACACUGCCCCUUCAAACGUUCUUGGCUGAUACUCGGGAUUUCGACGACAAGAAUCCUGACCUCAUCCCCUCCAACGGAAGCGGUGAGAGACAGAAGAAGAGUCCCAGUACUCCAGAGGAAGGUGGUUUCGGCAGCAUCCAUAUCUGUGCCUCCGUCCCCUAUCACAACACUGUGUAUAGCACCUAUCCCAGAACACCAAGAUCCCUGUCAGCUAAUACUACACAGAAAGCGGAGCUGAUGUAUGCUGAGCUGUCUUUUCCCAGUGGCGGCGGUCAGUACUCCACCGCUACGUUCUCCAGCAGCAAGCCAGAGUCAACUAUGUAUGCUCAGGUACACCACUCCAUUCGUGGUGCUCCUGUAUCUAUGGCCAUCGACCCCGUUAACAGUAGUGGCAACUGCGGGAUUGUAAUGAGUCCUGCAGGAGGCCUGAUGGGCAGUAACAUGGAAGGAACCGUGACUGGCGUAAUGUUCGAUCGAAUGGUUAACACAAUGGGUAACCACAUGGCAGACAGUAUUUUGGAAAUGGGACUUGGCAUGUGCUCUGGAAGCAGCAUGGUGAUGGAUGCCUUGAGUUCCCAGGAAGCACAGCAAGGAGACCUAGAUAGUUUACCUUACACCACGCUCAUGCAACCUCCUCAUGGGUUUGGCGGACGUCCACCGACCCCACUUAUCCUGUCGGAGGAAGACGAGCAGACUACAGUGGAGAGGCCACUCAUAAAUAACCACAAAGAAAGUGAGGUGUGACCCCAAUCCACCAGUCUGGCCUUAGUUCCCAGCAGCCGGAGGCAUUUCUUUCAGAGUGAAUACUUGCAGGAUCUUGGUGACCGAAUUCUGAUACUUUGCUUUAUCCACAUUUAUCCUAAGAGUUAAAUUUACAUAACAAAUUUAUAAAUUCAGUUUUAAGACUGGUGUCACAAUUAUAUAUGUCAGAAACUACUUAAGUAAGCCAAAACUUUUCAUACUGACAAGUCGCUGUCAGAGUUGUGACAGUCGGUCACGAAAACUAAAGAAGCGAUUCGAUACACAUACGGUUCAGUGGAAGACUGACUACAUUUUUAUAAGAUCAACCAAACUUGAAGACAUUCUUCCUCUGAAUCCUCACCAAGACUUAAGUUAUGUGGCUCUGUGAGUCAUAAAGUUACAAAGAGUAUCAAGAACAAUUUGCAUAAGCCUCUAUGAAUAAAUGUUUUUAAUGGCUGACCUAAACAGAAUAGUUAAGGAUGUGCAUGAGACAACACACGGAAGGUACUUAAUUAAGCAAUACUUAAGGAUUAUUUAAAUUGUUAUAUAUUUUCUGAAUUAAAUAAAAUUAUAUUAAGUCAUUCAACAAACGUUGAGAAUUCCGACUCUUCCGUGAAAAUAUAGAAUAGAGAUUUAUUCUAUUUUGUCUCCAGUAAUAUAGA